AUGGAUAUCCACAAAGAGGAGGAAUAUUGGAGACAAAAAUGGAAAGAAAUCAUAAGCCUUGAAGACAUCUACUGGAAGCAAAGAUCCAAAAUCCAGUGGUUAACUGAGGGGGAUAGGGACACCUCCUUCUUUCACAGGUAUGCUUCAAAGCACAAAAGGAGAAACACUAUCCAUUCCAUUUUCAAUAAUAGAAAUGAAGAGUUGGUGGGGAAUAGCGAGAUUGGUCAAUGGGAUUCUCUAUACUUUGAUAAUGCUUACACUAAUGAAAAGGCGAGCGAACCUACUGAGGUUAGUGAUAAGAUUCUCAAUCUUAUCCUUCAAGUCCUGAAUGAUGUUGACAAUGAGCUGCUGAUGAGCCGUGUAUCUGAAGAUGAAUUUAAAGAGGCAGUUUUUGCGAUGGAUGCCUUUAGGGCCCCUAGACCUGACGACUUCCCUCCAGCUUUCUUUCAGGAGUUCUGGGAAACUGUGAAGUAUGACUUAAUCAAAGCUACCAAAGAUUUCAUUCGCCCUGGGAACCUUCGGAAUAAAUUGAAUAACACUUUCAUUAUUUUGGUUCCCAAAGUUCCUAAACCAAAGUUUUGA